UGACGUCAGUGCAGACAAUAAUAUGGCGUCUACGAACGCAGUGGAGGCUAUAGACAGACAACAUUUAGCAAUUCAGGCCAAAUAACACUGGUUUAUUGUCACCUAAAGGCGCCAAUGGGCAGCAUGUUUCCUUCGAUAAUGAGAUUUCAUAUUUAAUUUCUCUGGUCUUUGUCUAAUAGCAGCACUCCAUGUCCGAAGGACCUCGGGCUCCCUGGUCGAAGCGGGGUUGCGUGGAGUCGCAUCGCCGAGAGCAGGGCAAGUACAAGCAGAGGAAAUGUGAACGUCCCUUCAUCGCUGUGAAGCCGACCGUUGGCCAGGAGGCCUCUAAAAGGUGCCUAAUGGCGGGGGAUGUGGAGGUGUACCUUUCCCAAGUGCAUGAUGGCAGCGUGUCGUCGGGCUUCAGAGCCUUGUAUGAGGAGCGACUGCUGCUCGAUGUCACUCUUCUCAUCGAGGAGCACCACUUCCAGGCGCACAAGGCUCUGUUAGCGACGCAAAGCGACUAUUUCCGGGUCAUGUUCACGGCUGACAUGCGGGAACGUGACCAGGAUAAGAUUCACAUGAAGGGGUUGACGGCAGCCGGGUUUGGUCACGUCCUUCGCUUCAUGUAUUAUGGUUCAUUAGAGUUAAGCAUGAUCACGGUGCAAGAGAUCCUGCAGGCUGCCAUGUACGUGCAACUCACAGAGGCUGUAGAGUUCUGCUGCUCCUUCCUACUGGCCAAGAUCUGCUUAGAGAAUUGUGCUGAGGUCAUGCGCUUGCUGGAAGACUUCAGCGUCGGCGUGGAAGGCGUGCAGGAGCAGCUUGACGCGUUUCUGCUGGAGAACUUUGUGCCUCUGAUGGCGCGACCGGACUUCCUGUCCUAUUUGAGCUUGGAGAAGUUGAUGGCUUAUCUGGAUAGUGACCAGCUGAGUCGAUUUCCGGAAAUUGAGCUGUAUGAGGCGGUGCAGGCUUGGCUGAGACAUGACCGGCGACGAUGGAGACAUACGGAUGCGGUGGUGCAGAACCUGCGCUUUUGCCUCAUGACCCCUGCCAAUAUCUUUGAGAAGGUGAAGACAUCAGAGUUCUACCGUUAUUCCCGCCAACUGAGGCUAGAAGUAGACCAGGCGCUCAGCUACUUCCAUCAGGUGAACGAACAACCGCUGGCAGAAACCAAGUCCAACCGCAUCAGAUCCGUGAGACCCCAGACUGCUGUAUUCCGUGGAAUGAUCGGCCACAGCAUGGUCAAUAGUAAGAUCCUCCUCCUGCACCGGCCCAAAGUGUGGUGGGAACUAGAAGGCCCCCAGGUACCGCUCCGCCCCGAUUGCCUGGCCAUCGUCAACAACUUCGCUUUCCUUUUGGGUGGUGAAGAGUUAGGCCCGGACGGAGAGUUCCACGCUUCUUCUAAGGUCUACCGCUACGAUCCCAGACAGAACUCCUGGCUACGCAUGGCCGACAUGUCCGUUCCCAGAUCAGAGUUUGCCGUCGGCGUCAUCGGGAAGUAUAUUUAUGCCGUUGCAGGCCGCACUCGCGACGAGACGUUUUAUUCUACGGAGCGUUAUGACAUUGUUGAGGACAAGUGGGAGUUUGUAGAUCCUUACCCUGUAAACAAGUACGGCCACGAAGGCACUGUGCUCAACGGGAAGCUGUACAUCACUGGCGGCAUCACCUCCUCUUCCACCUCAAAACAAGUGUGCGUCUUUGACCCGGGACGGGAAGGAACGUCCGAUCAUCGUACGCGGCGCACGCCAAUCCUCACCAACUGCUGGGAGAACAAGUCAAAAAUGAACUACGCUCGCUGCUUCCAUAAGAUGAUCUCCCACAACGGGAAGCUGUACGUCUUCGGCGGGGUGUGUGUGAUACUGCGUGCCUCUUUCGAAUCCCAGGGCUGCCCGUCGACAGAAGUUUAUGACCCAGACACCGACGAGUGGACUAUUUUGGCUUCAAUGCCUAUAGGACGCAGUGGGCAUGGAGUGGCAGUGUUGGACAAACAGAUCAUGGUGCUCGGGGGACUUUGCUACAACGGUCAUUACAGCGACUCUAUCCUCACAUUUGACCCUGAGGAGAACAAAUGGAAAGAGGACGAGUAUCCUAGGAUGCCUUGCAAACUGGACGGACUGCAAGUGUGUAGUUUGCACUUCCCAGAAUACGUUCUGGAACAUAUGGCAAACGAAGCAAAGCCCUGUCCAUGUGAUAUCGGGGAUACGAUUGAAUAUGGAGGUCUUGGAGAGGAAGUUCAAAUCGAGCACAUUAAAGCUUAUGUGGUGAAGCCUCAAGCAUCAGAAAAGGCCAUUAUUGUAAUUCAAGAUAUUUAUGGAUGGCAGCUUCCAAACACCAGAUACAUAGCUGACAUGCUCUCAGCCAAUGGAUACAUUGCUAUAUGUCCAGAUUUCUUUGUUGGAAAAGAGGCGUGGAGCCCAUCUCAUGACUGGUCAACAUUUCAGCAGUGGCUUGACGACAAAAAACCUACAGACAUCAAAAAGGAAGUGGAUGUUGUAUUGAGGUACCUGAAGGAGCAGUGUGGUGCAAAGCAUAUAGGUGUUGUGGGUUUUUGUUGGGGUGGUGUUGCGACACACUACAUUGCUCUUCAGUAUCAAGAAAUUAAAGCUGGCGUCUCAGUCUAUGGUAUCGUUAGAGAGCGGGAAGACAGGUUUGACCUUAAGAGUCCAACCCUCUUCAUAUUUGCAGAAAAUGAUGCAGUGAUACCUCUUGAUCAGGUGACCACACUAGAGACAAGACUGAAGGAAAAGUGCACUGCUGACUUCCAAGUGAAAAUCUUCCCUAAUCAGACACAUGGGUUUGUCCAUCGCAAGAGAGAAGACAUUAACCCAGAUGAUAAACCCUACAUCGAGGAAGCCAGGAAAGAUAUGAUCAACUGGUUGAAGAAGUACUUGUAAACUGCAACAGGUUAAAAUAACUGAGGUGAAGGUUAAACAUUUUCUAAUGACAGUCUAAUGAUAAAAAGCAGUAAAUCUGA